GAGAUGGCGAAGGUACGUGUCUGCUGUCAAACUCUGUUGUUAAAAUCGAAUUUUUAGUGCAAAUUUUGAAAAAGAGUUAACGUUCCUAUUGGAGUCAACUGGUUUUCAAUUAUAUUAUGCUCCACUCCAUUUCUGGAACAAUGACCCAUCACGCGUACGGAAAGACUAAUUUUGAGAGGGAGAAGGCUUCUGGUGCUGGCUCCCUGGAUCAGGACUAUUCUGUGGGAAUUGACCCUGCCUCUGGAGUCUUCUUUAAUUCAGAUUAUAGAAGACAUGAAGACCUCAAAGAAAUGCUUGAUUCAAAUAAAGAUAAUCUGAAACUUGAGGCUAUGAAGAGGAUUAUUGGGAUGAUAGCCAAAGGCAGAGAUGCAUCAUCAUUAUUUCCAGCCGUUGUUAAAAAUGUAGUUUCUAAGAAUAUUGAACUUAAGAAACUUGUCUAUUCAUAUUUGGAACGUUAUGCUGAGGAAAAAGAGGAUUUGGCUUUACUUUCAAUAUCUACAUUCCAAAGAGCUUUAAAGGAACCCAAUCAGUUGAUACGUGCUGGAGCUUUAAGAGUAUUGUCUGGCAUACGAGUUAGUAUGAUUGCACCUAUUGUGAUGAUUGCAAUACGGGAUGCUGCUGCUGACAUGUCUCCCUAUGUGAGAAAAACUGCUGCUCAUGCCAUCCCUAAAUUAUAUAGUUUGGAUAAUGAUACUAAACCAGAAUUAAUAGUGAUUAUAGAGAAACUUCUAGCAGAUAGAACUGUUUUAGUUAUAGGCUCUGCAGUAAUGGCAUUUACCAAAGUCUGUCCAGAACGCGUAGACCUUAUACAUAAGGUCUAUCUUAAGCUCUGUGCCUUAUUGGGCGACGUUGAUGAGUGGGGUCAAGUAAUCAUUGUAAAUAUGUUGACCAGAUAUGCAAGAACACAAUUCACGGAUCCAUGCAAGAACGAUAAAGACAAUGGAGAUCGGGCUUUUUAUGAUUCUGAAUCGGAAGCUUCGGAUAAAGAGAACACGCCUACAUUGGAUCCGGAUCACAGGUUACUUUUGCGCUCCGCUAGGCCUUUGCUGCAGUCUAGGAAUGCGGCUGUUGUCAUGGCGGUAGCACAGAUGUAUCAUCACAUCGGCCCAAAAAGUGAGACGAUCGCAGCGGUUAAAGCACUCGUCCGAUUGCUCAGGUCGAAUCCAGAAGUGCAGGAACUGGUGCUUAAGACUAUCCUCACGAUGACUGUAACUAGGAAGGGCGCGUUCGACGUCUACCUGAAAAGCUUCUUCGUGAGAACUUCCGAUUCAACUAGGAUUAAGCUCUUAAAAUUAAAUAUACUAACGAAUAUUGCUAACGAGAGUAACAUAUCCAUCAUACUGAGAGAACUGGAGACUUACAUUUCUAGUUACGAUGAUGAUUUUGUGGCAGCAACUAUACAAGCUAUUGGUCGUUGUGCGUGUUUCAUAACAGCUGUCACAGAUACGUGCCUUAGCGGUUUGGUCACGCUACUCUCAAAUAAAAAUGAAGUCGUCGUGGCGGAAAGCGUUGUAGUUAUUAAACGAUUGUUGCAAACACAGGCCGCCAAUCCGAAGGAAAUCAUCCAGCAGAUGAUUAGAUUACUGGAUAGUAUAGACGUUGCUCAAGCUAGGGCUUCAAUCAUCUGGUUGUUAGGUGAGCACUGCAGAGACAUUCCAACCGCUUCCAACGUCCUGAAGCGGGCGGCCAAAUCAUUUUCAAACGAGGAAGACAUCGUUAAGCUGCAAGUGCUGAAUCUUGCUGUUAAAUUAUAUAUUUCUGACAAGGAACAGUACGACUUACUAUGCCAAUACAUCUUUAACUUAUCCAAAUACGAUCAGAAUUAUGAUAUUAGGGACCGAGCGCGGCUGUUACGUAAUUUUAUAGACAAUCCUAGCAACAAAUUGGCUGCUUCUGCAGCAAAGAUUUUUUUGAGCUGCAAACCGGCUCCUACAUAUAGAACCAGUGAAGAAUCAGAUUUGUAUCAGCUGGGAUCUCUUUCGCAUUCCAUAAAUUCUAAGGCCAACGGCUACGAGCCGCUGCCACCAUGGCCUGAAGUCGCUCCUCCGAAUGUAAGGGAAGUCGAACCCGCCCAAGUGGUUAGCACCCAAUCCGAAGCCAAGCUUGAGAAAAUUUUCCAUUCUUGGGAAACGGAGAGCUCUUCCGAGUUGUCCGAGGAAGCUGAAGGCAGUGGGGAAAGUGACGAAUCUUCGGAAUCUGAUAAUAAGAGCAGUUCAUCUGAUGAACAUACUUCAUCUUCGUCAGAUUCUUCUUCCGGAGAUGAAGAUGACGAGGACGAAGAGGAAGAAGAAGAAGAGGAGGAUAGCAGUCUCGAGACGGAGGAAGGAGACAAUGUAAUACUCACCGAGCCAGAGGCAGAGAAACUGUUCGACAAUGUACCGCAAAAAAAGACUGAGAAGUCCAACUUAGAUUUAUUAUUGGACUUAGAAAUGAAUGAUCAGAACUUCGGUGGUGGUCCCAUAUUGACUCCAUCAUUGGGAGGAUUCUUGUCACCGGUCACGAGCGUCACCAACAAUGUGCAGGCAAUACAAGUCGUCCCAUCGGUGGAUAUACCUAUCAAAACCUCCGAAGUACUGAACCGCAUUAACGGUAAAGGAUUGAGUAUCUCCUACAGGUUUACAAGGAACCCGCACCUGUUUUCUCCAAGUAUGGUCAACUUGAACCUAGUGUUUACCAACAGCACUUCUGAAGAGAUUUCUGAUAUCAGAGUAGGAGAGAAGACUUUAUCACCGGGAAUGUCUGUACAUGAGUUUGCAUGUAUAACAAGCCUUAACCCGAAUAGCAGUUUACCAGGCACACUGGGAAUUGAUUUCAAUGAUUCGUUGCAUCCGGCCAAUUUACAAAUUAUUUCUUCAUUGGGAUCUUCAAAUAUAUGCUUAAAACCUGAUGUUGGGGAGCUUCUAAGGCCAGUUACGAUGUCGGAAGAAUAUUUCCUUAAGGAGCAGAUUAAACUUAAAGGUAUGAACGAGCAUGUAGGCAUUGUCUCCUGUAAGGAAACCAACUUAAAGCAGAAAAUCUACCAGGCCGCUAAUUUGGGAUUGUGUCCGAGCCACGACAAUGAUCUUCGGUUCGCUGGUCAAACACUGACCUCGUCUUCUUUAGUUUUGGUGAGUGCAACGAGGAAGGAUGUUGAGGUAACAAUAACAGUUAAUUGUGAGAAACUCGUGUUGGGAUCAAUGCUGUUGAAUACAUUGAAAUCUGUGCUCCAAUAAUUCCGCAGCAAUAACUAAUUAUUAUUAACCUGGUAUAUUUUUGACAGAGGACUAAAUUAUAUAACAUUGAACCAAAUAUGAAUGAUGUGUAGCUCUCGAUUUCGUUUUUGCUAAUUUUUGUAUUUCCUUGAAUGCCGCUUCGUCCCUUAAGUUUACUGUACAAAGCGCCAAACUCAUUUAUUUAUAUAUAGAAAA